CUCUUUAUUUUUGCCCCAUCCCUACGGGAAUAAAGAAAAAAAUAUACAGUUGACAUAUUGAUAACCUUAAAAAGUUGAAAUUAAAAUUUUCUAUAUUCAAAUUAUUUGCUCUUAACAGCGGCAAAAGUGUAAAAGUACGAAUAUUGUACACAAUAUCUGCUAAAAUGUAUAUAUAAUAAAUUAUAUAGUUUUGUUAAGAAUCAAGUUGUAUAUAUAUUUUCUGUUCUCGUUUUAUUUUUUCUUAAUAUGGUUUAUAUUAUGAAGUUAUUCCGCAAUUUUUCACUUGUUAAACGUUUUGAACACAUAGCGGUAUGCUCUUACGUGAACAGAAUUCAGAUUUACAGAAAAUAUCACAGAACUUCAAGUUUAUGUGGUAAAAUGUUUAUGGAAAAUGAAAACAAAUAUGCAUACAAUAUAAUGCAAAGUAAUGGAUACGUAAUUGACUUACUUAGAUAUAAUGAAGAACAAUCGACUAUAACAAAAGAAGAAUUUUUAGAAAAACUAAAAACAAAUUGGUUGAAAGCAAAUGCCCACAAAAUUUUCCAUGACUUGUCAGCUUUAGGUAAAUAUUGUUCGGAAAAUAAUAUAUGCAUAUCUAAUGAACAGUUUGAUGACUUUAUAGACAACUUAACAGACAGUAUUAAUUUAGCUACUGAUGAGGAGUUAAAAUCAUUAUUUUAUGGCCUAACCAAGUGGCCUGAAACAGAUUCAAUAAGGACAAGGAAUUACAUAGAGGUAUGGGCAGCUUUAGAUGAUGAAUGUAUCAAAAGAAUGAACAAAUGGACAUAUGAUCAAAUGCUGUCAUUUUUUUCUCUAUUUUAUAUGUUAAAUGUGGCAAAGGUCAGUGAUUAUUCUUAUAAGUGUCUACAAAAGCUUGCCUCAAAAGCACACCAACUAACCAAAAAUCAAAUUGUUAAGACUUUAUUUUUUAUUGGAAUCACAAGAAAGUCACCAAAAAAUAUACAUAAUUUAGAAGUUCAAAUUGAGGAACACUUUCCAGAGUUUAGUAUAGAUGAACUAGCUAUUAUUUCUAUGGGACUAUUUAAAAGUAAGACUCCUAUAAGAAAUUUGUCAUUAGUAACAAAAAUCAUAGGCAAAAUCAUAGAGAAUUCUAAAGAAAUUCAUGAAGUUUCUCUUGCAGCAUUAUUGAAAAUAAUUCGAUACUCAAUGAAAAUAACACAAAAUAAUAAUAAAGUUUAUGACUUGCUUAAUAGCUUACAGCAUGAAAUACCAAGGUUUUCAAUAAUGUGUAAUGUUCAUAUGGCUUUAGUUGGAACUUCUACUUUAACAUUACAUGAAAACUGUUUAAAUAUUAUAGCAGAAACUCUUGUGACAUCUUUGCCAAAGGCUAGAUUAAAAGAUCUUGAAAGAUUGAUACUAACGUUUGGUACAUUUAACUUUACACCUAAGACCAAAAACUUUAUUGAUAAAGUAAUAGAGGAAUUGAAGAAGCCUGAUCGUACGGAAGAAAUUAAGAUACACGGUAGAGUGUUUUCAUGUUGUAUAUCCUAUUUGGGUCUUCUACAAAUAUACCCUGCAGAUUUAAUGAAUAAAGCCCUAAGCCCAGAUUUUUUGGAACAUUCAUAUGGUAAACACUGCCAACAAUAUGGGAGAGAAAUUCUGUCAAUUAAUAAUAUGGCAAAGAUAUUUGUCAAAGAAGGCACAGUAAAUCUUCUGAGUGAGAAACAGGUUAUCAUAUUAGCAAAAAUGUACACAGACUAUAUGCCAGAUGAAAAUUAUCCAAAACAGUACAAUGCAUUAGAUAAAAUGUUCAUAGAUGUUAUGAAAGUUUUGCAGAAAACUCGAGGGGGUCAGGAAUAUGUGACAGGGCAUCACAUUUUAUCACACCAUCAAAGAGGAGAUAUAAUUAUUUGCAAUGAUCAUAAAGGAUCUCCAGUACGUGUGGAUAAAGCAUUUUCAGAAAUAAAAUUUGGCCUUCUUACUAAACCUAUUGAUGAUAACUUUUGGAUAGCUUUGAUCAUUGCCAACCGAAACUCUUUUCUUAACUCUGGUGUACCGUCUGGUUAUGUUUCAUCUAAACUAAGAGAGCUUAAUGCAUUAGGAUUUUAUGCAGCCAUAGUGAACUGGAACAUUUAUAGCAAGAUGGAAGGAGAAAAUGAGAAAAAUGAAUACCUAAAUAAUUUGAUUAAAAGAGCAUUAGAAAAUAAAAAUUAAUUUUAAGUUUUUCUUUUUCGAUUACUGCUGAGAAAAAUCGCAUGGGAAGUAUUUCAAUUGAUUCAGUUUAUUUGCUCUGCACAUUUCUCAGGGGGUCAUACCUCUCCUAAUUUUACUCAGUUUACAACACAGUUAAGGGAAAGAGACAAAUAUUUAUGACCACAAAUACUCAAUGAUAAGAGAGCAGUCUUUUACUGGAACUGUCUUUUAUAUUUCUUUUCAAAAAAAGAUGCGCAUAUUACUUUGGCGGAACGCUGGCUAAAGGUACGAUGACUACUGUGGUGUACAGUUAUUUUAGACAGGUUGGUUAUUUUAGAGGUAAACCAGCUAGUUAUGUCGUACGCACAAGUGUGUGCCAGCUAUUUAAUAGGUAUAAAGUAUGUCGACUACUUUCGAUUUAUACCGGCUAUCGGCGGUUAGCCUUUAACCACCAUCUCACUUGAUAGUAGACGAUGAUUCAGUCUAAUACGGUAGCUGGUAACCUGUUAGGGGGUUUUGUUAAUCUGUACUGUUUAUAAAUUUAAAAGCAAUAAUAAAUUCCCAAGUUUCCCCUGCCAUGCUGGGGAUCGAACUUGGGACCUUCCACGCUGCCUCCCACCUAUAAGACCAGUUCUCAACACUGCGGUAGGGAAGUAGUCCCUUAAAACGUGAACCUUUAUAGAAUGAACCGCAAAUUAAAUUAU